UUGCUCCAGAGUCCCUCCCCCUACAAGGCGGCUGGGUCCGGUAUGUGCUCUGGUUCCAGAGGAGCGCUGACUCAGCAGGUGUUGGUCCACCUGAGUCCAGAUCCUCCAGGCUGACAGCUCGGGCUCUUUUAGGGCCCAGAACCACUCGGGAACGGUUCUGUCUCCAGGAGAACUCGACAUGAAGCUAAAAGUCGUCUCUGGAAUAUUUCUGCUAGACCGGACCAGGACGAGCCACAUUCCUUAAGCCGCCAGACGGGAUGAGAAAACUGAAGCCAACCAUGAAUCCAGUGCAGGAGUGGGGUGAGGAAGUGGAGGACGGUGUGGUGUACGGUGUCACGCUGCACCGGGAACCUGUCCCUAGCUCCCCUCCACCCAGCGACCCAAGCGCGCCGUGCUCUGGUUUCGUCCAGUACCGAACCUGUAAGGUGCGGCGCCUGAAGGCUGCCGCUGUGGAGCAGCUGGUGGCUCACCUCCUGGAGGGCAGGAACCAGGAGCAGGACUACGGCAGGAUCCUCCUGUCUACCUACAGGACCUUCACCAGCACCACCAAACUCAUCCAGCUGCUCUUCCAGAUGGAGAGCGCCUCUUUGGGUCUGGACAGCAGCAGCUGCUCCAACAGCUGUCUGCUGACCUUCAUCCAGACGUGGUUGGACGAGUACAGCGAGGACUUGAGGGACCCUCCCCUGCACCCGGCGCUCCUGCUGCUGCUGGAUCACCUGGCUGUCAGCGCUGCGGUGCGUGGAGACAUGCACCACCAGCCCAACUUCUGCUCACUGGCCGGGCAGGCCGAGCAGAUGCUCAGAACGUUUCAGGAACAAGAAGCUGCUUUAGCGGCGCUCCAGCAGGACGAGGAGGCAUCUGCAGAUGAGGACUCAGGCUGCGAGAACUCUUCAGACCAAAGCAGCAUCAUGGAUGUCUCCGCUGCAGCCAUCGCUGAGCAGCUGACUCGGAUCGAUUCUCUGAUGCUGCCUUUCCAGGCUCUGUUCAUCAGAGUGGUGCCCUACCAGUGUCUGGGCUGCGUUUGGUCCCAGAGAGACAAGAAGGAGAACAUGUCCCCAACCAUCCGCGCCACCGUAGCUCAGUUCAACGCUGUCACCAACCGCGUCAUCAUGUCCUUGCUCUCCCCACCUGCCGAUGGCACCUGCAGCUCCGGCCCGCUGCCCACCACGCCAGCGCAGCGCGCCUGCAUCGUUGAGAAGUGGAUCAAAGUGGCACAGGAAUGUCGUCGCUUGAAGAACUUCUCAUCCCUGAAAGCGAUUCUGUCGGCUCUUCAUUCCAACGCCGUCCACCGGCUGAGGAAGACCUGGGCCGCUGUGUGCAGAGACAGCACAGCCACCUUUCAUAACCUCUGGGAGACGUUUUCUGAUGAGAACUGUGUUCUCACCAACAAGGAGCUCCUGGUGGAGAGCACCUCCAGUGGAGUGGUCCCUUACCUCGGCACGUACCUGACCGUCCUCACCAUGUUGGACACGGCGCUGCCGGACACGGUGCAGGGCGGACUCAUCAACUUUGAGAAGAGAAGGAGGGAAUUUGACGUCCUGUCUCAGAUUCAAACUCUGCAGACGUCCUGUUCCCUUUACCAGCUCCCUCACCACCCUGUCAUCACUUCCUGGUUCCACGGACACAAGCUGCUCACUGAUCAGGAGAGCUACGAAAUGUCGAGGCAGCUGGAGCCUCCGGUUGACUCGUGUUCGCCCAAGUCCUGGAAAAGCCGCUCCCUCUCCAAAAAGCUCUCCCUUUUGCUGACAUCGAGUGACGGCUCUAAGAAGGUCACUGCUGACCAGAUCAGUGUCUCGUCUUCUGGAUCCAGCGGCUCGGAGAUGGAGGAUCUCACCUCCCCAAACCUGGUACCUUCCGUCCCACCCAAGUCGUUCCACAGUUCCUGCAACAACAUGCCCGAUACCGUCUCUUCCUCCUCCUCUUCCUCUGAAGCUUCCUGUCCACAGUCUUCCUCUCCCUGUGGCACGGACCACUGCCCUGACAGAGCAGGACCCUCUCUGGGCUGUCAGUACAAACGCUCCAUCUCCAUGAACUCACUGCCGGAGCACAACCGACAGGGGACCGACUCCUGCAUCAUCAGGGUCAGUGUGGACCUGGGCCAUGACAAUGGCAACAUGUACAAAAGCAUCCUGGUGACCAGCCAGGAAAAAAGCACUCAGGUGAUUGAGAGGGCUCUGGAGAAGCACCACCUGGAGCACAUGAAGGGGCAGGACUUCACCCUGGCGCAGGUCAUCUCACAGAAAAAAGAGCUGCUCAUUCCAGACAACGCCAACGUUUUCUAUGCCAUGUCCACCACAGCGAAUUUUGACUUUGUUCUGCGUCAGAACCACAAAUGCCAGAAGAAACUGCUGAGAGCAGCAGCUAGUCGUGGAAGGCUGAACGCUGAGCACUUGUGAUCUGGUUGUAAAAGCAGAUCAACUCAUUUAAUGUUCCUGGAAAACAGACUUCCAGGAAACGUGCGUUCUCCUCAGUGGUCCUAUGGGUUCUUAAAGGGAUGCAUCUGCAGGAACUGAGAAGAUGUCACAAAAAGCCCUUUUUUCUUGAAGAAUGGUUGCUUCAGAGAAAUAAAGCUUGAAAAACACAGACUGGUUUCCAGCUGGGAAGAACAGAUGGGACCCAACGCCUCCCUGGGCUGGACUGGGGGGUUAAAGUACCUAAUGGUUCCCGAGCGCAGCCACAGCUGUAGCUCGCAGCUCCCCACGGGGAUGGGUCACAUGCAGAGAUGAAUGCCUCCAGUCAGCGCGGUCACGAGCGCACUGACCGGCGUCUGAUGUGCGUGGAAACGCACCGAGUGUGUGAUGACUGAUGGGACUUGAGCCUGAUGAUGUUAUGAAGACACAGAGAAACAGCCACUGUGAGCAACGCACGUCUACUCAGACAGAGAAAAGAUCGUCCUGUUCCCAACGCAGCUCUUCAUGGAGCGUCUGUAAGCUUCAGGUGACACAUCCAUGUGUGUGGGAUGGUCGGGAAUGUUCUCACAGGAGAACUAACCCUAACCCUGUUCCACAUCCGACUUCUUCUUCCGGCUCUUGGAGAGUACAGACGCUUUUCUCCUCUCCCUCCCUCCUCGUCCCAAGGCUCUUUGUCUGUCUGUGCUCGGCGCUUUCUGCGUUUUUUCUGGAAACUGGAAAUGAUUAAAAAUGGAUCUGGUCAGCUGGUCUCUCAACAUGAUUGACAAUAUUUUUCCAACGAUGAGAACGGGAGAAGGGGCUCCCGGGUGCCCCUCUGGGACAGAGCCAGCUGGGCAUGUCAUGGACUCCUGGGAACAGUGGGACCUGAUCUGCCUCUCAGCUGUCUGUAGAGGAUUCUGAAGACGUCUGGAUAUUCGUGGUGUUGGUGUCUGGAUGAGAUAAGCUUGGAGCUUUGGCUGAGAUUCAGACUCUGGCACAGAAGGUGGAUUCCAUCAAGGAGCGAGUGGACGGGACAGCACGGAUUGGGAUGGAUUCAUUACGCCAUUAUUGGGUCUAGAGGGGUUGAAGGCCAACAGAACUCUAAUGCAGAGAGGAAAUGAUCUCCGUCUGUCCCCAAAACAAUCCUUAUCUGAAUCUGGUGCCCUUGAGCCUGUGAGGCUGAAGUGAAAACUACCCCCUCAGAAGAAAUGUGGAAUGCUGCCGUCGCCAUGGAAACCCUUUCUCCCUAUCCCAGCCUGGGCGGGACUGUGACCGGUGAAGGCUGUGGAACCGUAUUUAGGAGUCACUGUGCUCUCUAACCCAUUAUCUCUCUCCCCCCGUCCAACCGGAGGUCGUCAUGGAUUUGAUCAAUAACCCAUUUCCUGUAGUCGGAGAGAAAAGAAGACAAUGAACAAGUCAAACAGUUAUAACUGCGGCAGAUGCACCGAACAUCUGGUCACAGAGUUUAUUUAUAGAGAGGGAGAGAUUGUGUGUGUGUGUGUGUGUGUGUGUGUGUGUGUGUGUGUGUGUGUGUGUGUGUGUGUGUGUCACUUCUCUAACUUGUCACUAUGAAAGCUACAUGAAUCACAAAUCAAGCAAUAGAAGAGGGGUAAACCAGGAAAGGCGAUCAUCUCAGUAGUCAUGAGGGCCAACAGGUUAAUUCAAUUCAAUUCAAUUCAAUUCAAGUUUAUUUAUAAAGCGCCAAAUCACGACAAGAGUCGUCUCAAGGCACUUCACAUAAUAAACACUCCAGUCCAGGUCAGUUCAUUAAGCCAAUCAGAAAUAAUGUUUCCUAUAUAAGGAACCCAGCAAAUUGCAUCAAGUCACUGACUAGUGUCAGUGACUAUACAGCAAUCCUCAUACUAAGCAAUUAACUGAAGUCAAAAACGAUGAGCAUCAAAACAAGAAAAAUAAUAAGUAAAGUAAAAACACCACCAUCAGAUAUGAAAGGUUCAGAAUCAACACGAUAAGACAAACACAGCACGAGGCGCUGCAAUCACACGUCUACUGUGGAUCGUAAUCUCAAUCCUGUUAGCUUGUCCAAAGAACCAUUCCAUACCAAAAUCAGCUAAAUAAUAAGAACAGAUGAAUAAUAAGAACAGAUGAAUAAUAAGAACAGAUGAAUAAUAAGAACAGAUGAAUAAUAAGAACAGAUGAAUAAUAAACACAAAAAGUCAACACAACUGACAAUACUAUCUUACAGCAGUUCACAGGGACAGAGAAUAGAAUCAGCUAAACCAACACAGUUAUAACCUUAAGAAGCUAUUCCAUACAUACCGACAUGAAUUUACUGUGAUGCAUAAUCCUACGACUUAUGGCAGUUCCUGUAAGGAGAUUGGGAAGGGUUAGUAAACCAUAUAAUACACAGACAACACCAGUUCGGUGUAUGGAAACAUCAGGUGAAUUUAGAAUAAAGCUCCAAGGUGCAGACGAGUCUUUCAGUGAAGGAGGGAAAAUGAAGGUGUGAUUACGCAGCUCUCACCAUGGCCGAGCUGAGGCAGACCAGGCGUUCUUCAUCAGAGGGCUCGUCCGUGGACUGAGGGUCCCGGUUGGAGAGUAGGUUUGAAAGUCAGAGUCCUCUUCCGUUGGUCAGGAUGGUUUCAGUCUUAUGUUGAUGAGUAUCUUGAAGUCCAGGUCCGGAGCGUAGUAACGUAGUUCGGAACAUGAAACACUAAGUUCAACUUCUCAAAAGGAAGACGUAAGGCUCCUUCCAUGGCGUGUCGACGCGGUUGUCCUAAUGGACAGGACUGCGACCGGUGAAGGCCGUUGAAUCAUUUCACUGUGCUCCCUAACCCAAUUACCUCCUUCCCCUGUCCAAUCGGAGGUGACGAGCGCUGCUCAUCGCGGCUGCAUGCACUGAUGUGAGGAGAGUCCCCAACCCUACCUCCCCACCUAGUGGACACUUAUGUUGUGUAAUGUCUGAAGUCUGUUGCAUUUCUGUCUGAGGUGUUUUUAGCAGAGCAAAGCUGCCCUCCCGGUGGAGGGUAACUCUGAAGUAUCGUUUUUCCCUCCACCUGAACCAAUCCUCAUGUAAACCUCUGAUCUCUAUUAAGGUAGCGCGACUCGGGUUGCGAAUGACCACAGUCACCAACUCCUGUCAUGUGUGUAUGUAUGUAUGUCUGACCUCUGAAUUGUGUGUACUGAAACUCUAAUUUCCCUCUGGGAUUAAUAAAGUAUCUUUGAAUUUGAA